CCAUUUUACUUUCCAAAACUACUUGACCCUCAUUCAUUCAGAGUACUUAGAGAUUGGGGAAUUAAUGUUAUACGCUUAGAAUUCAACUGGAUAGCAUUAAAACCACAGGAAAACGAAAUCAAUCGAGAGUACUUAGAUAUCAUUGAAAGGAUUAUCGACAAUGCUGGAUUAUAUGGAGUUUAUAUCAUCAUUGAUUUGCAUCAAGAUGGAUUAUCGAAACGUCUAGGUGCAAUUGAUGCUGUGCCUAAUUGGUUUAUGGAUAAAAUAAAGCGACCACCAUAUUUAUUUCAAUACCCUUGGCCACUAACGAAAGAUCCGAGUAAAAGCCAAUGGUUUCUAACGUACGCCACAUAUGAGAGUGCACAUGUAUUUGAAAGUAUAUAUAAAAAUGUUUCAGGAAUAUGGAAUUAUUUUGCAGAAUAUUGGAUGAUAACAACUAGUCGUUUCGGGAAGAAAGAUAAUGUUUUAGGUUAUAAUUUGAUAAAUGAACCACCACCUGGAAAUUUUUAUUUAAAUCCAUUCCUUCUUUUGCCUAAUAAUGCAGGUCACAGUCUCUUAUCAUUUUAUGAUUAUUUGGUAAAUGUUAUUCGCCAAACAGACAAGAAUACAUUGAUAUUUUACGAGAGUGUAACUUAUGGAAUAUAUUUUCCAUUUGUUAAUGGAAUACCUGGUACUGGUAUCCAACGUGUUCCCGGUUUAUUACAAGAUGAGACGGCCAGAAAGAAGAGUGUAUUAUCUUAUCAUUACUACUGUUGGUUGUUGGAAUCGACACCAUCUACAGAGAAUAUGCCAUCAUGGAAACGAUAUUUGUGUGAUAAACUUCUCUUGAAUUAUGCAUUCAAUAAUGCGAGAAGUAUAGUUAAAUACACUGGUGGAGGACGGUUUUUAACAGAAUUCGGUCUGUGUCUUCCUGAUGGCAAUCCAGAUUCAAUAAAUACGGUUGAAUGUAACGCUGUGAUGAAUGCAGCCGACAGGAACUUCGAAUCCUGGACUUAUUGGGACGGAAAUGAAUUAUUUCCCAACUUAAUUGUAGACAACAUUUCCUUGAGAUCAUUCAGUCGUACAUAUCCACAAUCAACUGCCGGUCAACCUGUCAAACUGAGAUUCGAUGUCGAUUCAGGUGUGUUUUAUUAUGCUUUUGUACCCACACAGAAGUAUUGUACAAACGUGGACACAGCAUUGUUAGUUGCAGAGAUUUUUGUUCCAAUGUCGAUUCAUUAUCCAAAUGGAGUGAGAACUCGUUUUGUACCAGAACAAUUAUAUUAUAAAAUGUAUGAAAAUAAUACUAAUUUAAUGUUUGUCUAUGCACCAUGUACGUUGAUCAACACAAAUAUUGAACUUAUGGAAAUAACGAUCAUACCAAACCAAACACAAUAUAAGCAUUCAGACAACAAUUAGUCAUUUACCAACUUAUUCGAAAUCUGUAUCAAUAUUGUUAAUUGUGAACUCCUUGAUAUUUUCACAUCUUUCAACAUAUUUUGACUAAAGAAAUAUCACAUGAUAAAAUUUGAAUCAUUACUGUAAUACACCUAGACUACAAUAAACUGCAUACGUUGUGUCAAACUAAUAACACAUUAAUCAUUUUGUUCAUUGACCAAUCACAUAUUACAUUUAUGACUGAAUCGUAAGAAAUUGUGAAAAAGCAGACGUUCAAUGUUCUCCAAUUCCAAGUGAUUAUCAUUACUUUUACGUUCAAAUGAUUAUGACGUACAGUUAAAUUAUUUAGAAAAUUUCAAAUACCACAAAAAUAAAAUGUUUCUCAUCAAAACCCAUUUUCGCUUCCAAUGCCUUAAUAUUCUAUAUAUUCGACAUGUUUCAAAUUUCCCUACUCAUUAAAUUCUCAAUUGUUAACGUGAUCUUCUGUAGAUGUGAUCAUAAAAUAGUCACGUAUUUUCUAUAAAACAUAAAAGUCUGUAUAUAUUGUUGUUCCAAAAA